AAGGAGCAUGAUGAGUCUUGUUGCUGGUAAGAGAAGGACAAUCAUGAAUGUUGCUAGCUUCUUUUUUAAGAGAUAGGGAACUCUAAGGAGAACAGCCUAUUUAAGAAUCAUUAUAAACAACAACAAAAUAAUUUGAUGUUAAGGGAUAAAUUUAUCAAAAUUGUGGAAGAAUAGGUAAAAUAAACGAAAUCUUGUAAGUACGGAGUGACAUGGAGGAAAAUUAUAUUUUUGACCCAGAUUUCUCAAUGCCAAACCUAACUUUUUAUUUUUAUAAAUUGGAAGUUCAUCGUUGCCCUUUCUGUGUUAAAGAGUCGGCCCAUUUUUUGAACAAGGCAAAAUUUUUGUUUAUUUUUAGUAAGCAACCUCAUAAUUGAAGAUGAAUUAAUAAUUUCGAUGGCCUAUUAGUAGGAAAUGGAUCCAUUCGGUGUGCGAACCACUGGAAUUAGCAGUGAAAUACUUAAAGGGGAAAAGGAUUUGUAGAAUGUAAAAGCAUGGAAUUCCUCUUCAGUGUAUGUAAAAAGAAACACUUGGACCUCAGAAUUAAGGAAGAGCGGAGCAAAAUAUUCACCACUUGUUGGACUGAGUCCAUCCUUUAAAAGAUAAUUCCUCUCUCUUAUCACCAAAUACUUUCAGGAAGUGGAUUUUGAAUGAUGUCCUAAACUCUAGAGUUUUCCUCCGGUGCCUUAGGAGUGGAAGGUAUGACUCAUGCAACCCCCCUCACGCACCCCUAAUCCGAUGCCAACCCCUCAUCACUCUCUGCUAGAGGCAGGGAGGGUCAUGCAGCGGUUGCCAUGGAAACCUACCAAGUUCAAUGUCCUGAGAGCUCAGGCCAGUUGUUUAAUUACUCCAUGCCUAAAUAUCCUCAUUUACAUGAACAACAUGCGAGUGCUUCUGAUAACCUCGUAAACAAGUUAGUUUGGACGAGUGGAUGAGUUGACAUACCUAAAGAAAUUAGAACACUUCCUAGUACCUGGUAAUGAACUUUAGCUAUUACUUUAUCUGUUUCUGUACUGGGGCUUGGUGCAAGAGGUUUUAUUUGGAGGAAAAGUUCUACUUGACUGCCUUUUUAAAAGUUUUUGAAAAGACUACAGCUUUAAGACAUUAUUUCAUCAUUGACGAGCAUGGGUUUGUCCUUUGGCCAACAGCCAAGUCCCUUCCCCCUUUCACCCAUUAACCCUGAACUCUAAGUGUUAAGCACUCGGUUCCCUCCCUUCCUCGGACCUAACUGAGGAUGAUGUCAUUGGAGUUGCAGAAACUAUUUCAUGAUCAUCUUUUGUUUUUCUCUCUCCCUCACUUUCUAAAGGAGAAAAAGAUUUUAUUAAUUAUCUAAGCCCUCGGAGGCCUUUUGGAGGUGCUUUCUCUAUACAGAGCUAUUAUCAUCACCCACAUUUAGUGAGGUACUUGGGGAUUAAAAGUGUUGUGUAAAUGUUUACACAUGAUUACGCGGUGGCCCAAGAUUCACAGUGGGACAACACAGACAGCCCAGGAAGAAGCAUGAAGUCCCAGAGAGGCAAUGAUUUUUGCACGAGAGAGACUGCUACCGAGUUAGCUGGAAGUCUACCAAGUAACGGCACAGCCAACAAGAUGAACGGGGCUUUGGAUCACUCAGACCAACCAGACCCAGAUGCCAUUAAGAUGUUCGUCGGACAGAUACCCCGCUCGUGGUCGGAAAAGGAGCUGAAAGAACUUUUUGAGCCUUACGGAGCCGUCUACCAGAUCAACGUCCUCCGGGACCGGAGUCAGAACCCUCCCCAGAGCAAAGGUUGUUGUUUCGUAACAUUUUAUACAAGAAAAGCUGCACUUGAGGCCCAGAAUGCACUGCACAAUAUUAAAACUUUACCUGGGAUGCAUCAUCCCAUUCAGAUGAAACCUGCAGACAGUGAAAAGUCAAACGCCGUGGAAGACAGAAAAUUGUUCAUAGGAAUGGUUUCGAAGAAGUGUAAUGAGAAUGAUAUCAGGGUGAUGUUCUCUCCGUUCGGCCAGAUAGAGGAAUGCCGGAUCCUCCGGGGGCCCGACGGGCUGAGUCGAGGCUGUGCGUUUGUCACAUUUUCUACAAGGGCAAUGGCACAGAAUGCAAUCAAAGCCAUGCAUCAGUCUCAGACCAUGGAGGGCUGCUCUUCACCUAUCGUGGUGAAGUUUGCGGACACUCAGAAGGACAAAGAGCAAAGGCGCCUCCAGCAGCAGCUGGCGCAGCAGAUGCAGCAGCUCAACACUGCCACCUGGGGGAACCUGACGGGGCUGGGCGGACUGACCCCGCAGUACCUGGCGCUCCUGCAGCAGGCCACCUCCUCCAGCAACCUGGGCGCGUUCAGUGGCAUUCAGCAAAUGGCUGGCAUGAACGCUUUGCAGCUGCAGAACCUGGCGACGCUCGCUGCCGCUGCGGCCGCGGCCCAGACCUCAGCCACCAGCACCAAUGCAAACCCUCUCUCCACCACGAGCAGCGCCCUGGGGGCCCUCACGAGUCCCGUGGCUGCUUCCACCCCUAACUCCACUGCUGGUGCAGCCAUGAACUCCUUGACCUCUCUUGGGACUCUGCAAGGACUGGCUGGAGCCACCGUCGGACUGAAUAAUAUUAAUGCACUAGCAGGUACCAUAAACAUUGCUCAAAUGCUCUCAGGUAUGGCGGCUCUGAAUGGAGGACUUGGCGCCACAGGCUUGACGAAUGGUACGGCUGGCACCAUGGACGCCCUCACCCAGGCCUACUCAGGAAUCCAGCAGUACGCGGCUGCCGCGCUGCCCACGCUGUACAGCCAGAGCCUGCUGCAGCAGCAGAGCGCCGCGGGCAGCCAGAAGGAAGGUCCAGAGGGGGCAAACCUCUUUAUUUACCACCUUCCACAGGAGUUUGGAGACCAGGACAUUCUGCAGAUGUUCAUGCCUUUUGGAAAUGUUAUCUCUGCUAAAGUCUUCAUCGACAAACAGACCAAUCUGAGCAAGUGCUUUGGUUUUGUUAGCUACGACAAUCCAGUCUCUGCACAGGCUGCUAUCCAGGCUAUGAAUGGCUUUCAGAUCGGCAUGAAACGCUUGAAGGUGCAGCUGAAGCGCUCCAAAAACGACAGCAAACCUUACUGAUCCUAACCCUAGAGGCUCCCUGCUCUCAUUUUAGCUUUCUUAGGGUAAGUCCCAAGAGCCAGCCUGUUCUCAGCAGGGGAGGCAGAGGAGGACCACAUUGCCAACUUUUACCAAGAGAGACGGUUAUUUUUACAAUAAGGCCUCCAUUUCCCCACCCAUGCCCCCACCCAGUUUGCCAUAAUUACAACUUGGGCUACCUUGUUUCUAUUGAGUAAAUUCCUCCUCCAGUUGUGCCACUGUAUUCUCCUUUGUUUUGCAAUUUGAAUCUCCUUUGACCUUUUUUUUUUUAAUUUUUUUUUUGUUUUCAUUCUUGCUUUUUUAAAGAAAAAUAUACACACAAGUAAAUGACAUCUUGAGAAUUUAAAAGGCAAACGAAUGCUAAUGUGCAAUUCUAACUCUGAAACCACUGGUGCCCCGAGAGCACUGCCUGGAGAAUUCGCCCCUCCUUGUCUGGCGCCCACCCCUCCGGAGGGCCCUGGCGCUUAGAGGUUACCGUGGGGCCUAGCACGAGGGAGAAGCCAGGAGAAGCACUUACUCAAAACAACACAAAACGUCUUUCCACUACAUUGGUUUGUUUUAAUGAGUAGGAUUUGAUUUUAGGGUUCAAAGAAACAUGACAUUUACUGGUCAGAUUAUUACACUGGUUGUCUAUUUUGUUAUUGUUUUAUUUUAGUUUUUAGAAAGGAUUAAUGUAAAAAAAAGAUUUAGAGAUCUGUUUCUUAAAGCUACAGGGUUUAAAAAUAAAAUAAAAAUGAGUGAAAAUACUUGAUGUUUCUUGAAAGAUAAAUUUAAUAAUAAUAAAUACAUAAAUAAUACAUAAAUAAAAAAGAAAGCCACAGGCCUGUAAAUUUUAUUUGUAAAAAAAGCAUUUCUAUUUUUAUACAAAAUUUUUACUGCCUCAGAAAUAAUGGAAGUUAUUUAUUGCCUAUUGUUAACUUAUUGGGUACCUAAAGAGCAGUUCUCUGUCUAGCUAGAACCUUCUGAAGUAGUCUCUAGAGGAAUUGUUCUAGGAAUGGGCUUUUUUUCACCGUUGAACCCUAGACCUACAGUUCAUGCUUAUCCUCUCGUGUUUGUAUCUGUCUAAUUAUUUUGUUUGUAACUUCCAUUAUCUAGUUUACAAUUCAGCCGUCUGACUUUCCCCAUAUGUCACAUUUGUUGAAACUGGACCCUCUCCCCUGUCCCUCACCCCAAACACCCAGAAUCCAUCCCUUCUCUGUCUCUCCAGAUGGAUUCUCUUGGGGUUUCAUUGUGCUGUGGAUUAAGAGUGUAAGAAAUGCAAAUUAUGUGAAUGGCUCGUAGACUCCCCGAUGACCUAAGAUUUGCAUUAGUUUUCUCCUGCACCCUUAAAAGUGAUUUUGUUGCUGCUGCAUAGAUUCUGUGUAACUUUUUACUCUUCCUUGUUUUUUCCCUAGACAUCUUCAUGCCCGUUAGUUCAUCGUUUGCCUAGCAUGUCCCUGUGGCGUCUCAAAAAAAAGUUUCAUCGUCCCGUCAUUGUUUCUGAUGUCUUUCUGACCUCACAUCAUAUUUGGUUCUCCUACUGACUUUUGAUCUAGUUUGACCUUUGAAAUUUGCAUGUGACCUCAUCUAGCUAUGAAUUCUGGGAAGUCAAUGUGAAAAACAUUGCUGCAUUCAUGCAAGACUGAAAUUUAUUAUUAGACAAAUUAAUUAUAGAAAAAACAACCUGUGGCAAAAAUGUUUCUUUCUUAUUUUUUUUUCUUUUCAUAAAACAGACUUGAAAGUAUUAUACAGGGAUUGGCAUUCUUCCCGGUCACUGGUAACAAUAGCAAUAUGUGUCCAGGGACACAGAAUGUUGGUUUCUAACAGACUACUUCCAAAAACAGUUUGAGAAAAAAACUGUCUGAUUUUAAGUCUCUAGAGGUCUGUAAUAGUUUUUACAUUUUUCAGGCAGUGUAAAGUUUUUUGAUAAGGCCAUUUUAGGUGGCUCACUUUCUCAUUAAGAUAUAUAUAUAGAACCACUUUUUGUAGAUUAGUAUAAGAAAAAUAUUUACCCUGUUUUGGGGCAAAUGCUACCUAUUUGUGUCACCUUUUGCUGAACUGACUCACAGUUAGACAAUCCAUGGUUUAAUGCACAUGAAAUUACCUAUAUUUUAUACUGUUUCAAUGUACAGGAGAAAGGUUACUGUAAACUGUGUUAUGUUGGUGCUUCUGUGAAUUAAGUUGUGGUUUCAUCAUGAGUCUUAUGGUCUUAAUGUUCUUUGUUGAUAAGACAAGUUUAGAAUUGGUUUACUUAAAACAAAAAAGAAUUUCAAAAAAAAGUUGUUUGCUUAAAAAAAAUUUCAUGUGAGGG